UGUGUGUGUGUGUGUGUGUGUGUGUGUGUGUGUGUGUGUGUGUGCCAGGCUUUUGAGGCUCCCUGGAGGUAGCGGUAAUGGUGUGCUGUUAAUCGUCUCUGUCUGGGGGCCCGUCAGGAGGGCGGCCAGCGCUCGUUAACGGGGUUACGUGUCGUUAAGGGGAGUCGACGUUGCUGGGAGACUCAUCUCUGUGGAGCCGCCAGUCAUUUCACCGCUAAGCCGACAUGAGCCUGUCGCAGAGCAAGAUUCAGCUGUGAGGCCAUCCAGCCAAUCAGGGUGAUUCAGUCAUGAAUGAUGUCGAUAAUGUAUCAUUAGGUAGGAAAUGUUGGUGGGGGGCGGCGGGGGGGGGCGUCUGUUGCUCAUUUGAAAUCCUCCGCACCGUGUCCCGCUGUGCCUCACUCCGCCCCCUGCGUCUGUCUGCUCCCAUUGCUGCCAGGCCGAUCGUCUCUCUCACGCGGCCUGGCAGCCAAUGGGAACCCGGCAGCCUCCCCGCCGCUCGCCACUCGCUGCCUUGUUGCUACGACGACAGCGAGGCAUGAGACCCACUUUAGUUGUAAAACUUGGUGUUGACUCUUCACUGGCCAGGAGAUCUCCCCUUUCUCCCUCCCUCCCUCUCUCUCUCUCUCGCUCUUUUCCUCCCUUUCUCCCUCUCCUUUUUCUCCUCCUGAUGAUCCUCCUCCUCAGUGCCUCCUGCUCACAGCCUGUCGCCCAUCAUGCCCUGGAAAUCCCGUUUUCGUUUGCGCACGUCGGCGGGCGGAUGGGCUCGGGAUGUGCCCGGGGAUAAUCUGCGCGCUUGUCUCGUUCUCCAGCUCCCGUUCCCCUGUCGGUCUGCUUCACUGGUUCCUUUCCCCCUCUAAUAUUAGAUGGCGCCAUGAUUUUCCUGAUGGUAACUAUGCUGGUCUUCGCCGCCGGCAGCCUAGAAGAUGAAGGAUCCCGGUUCGAGUGCGUGUGUGAGGGGGUGCAAUGUGCCGGUGAGGCCCGCUGCAUCUCCCAGGCAUGCUACACUUCCAUCUCGCCCCGAAAUGACUCGUCACCCCUGCUGCAGAAGGGCUGUAUUGGGGGGGGCGUGCUCUGUGGCAGCCCAGCGCCCCCUGGGGUCACGGUGGAGUGCUGCAGGGGUCAUCUGUGCAAUGCCAACACCAGCGUGGAGUCGCCUGCCAGAGGCGAGGAGGUACGGCUGCCGCCCCCAAGGGAGCACGAGUGCGUGUGUGAGGGCCGCUCAUGCGCGACCGGCGACCGCUGCAUGGGCCAGCAGUGUUUCUCAGCACUGACGUUGAGCGAUGGCGCCCCCUUGAGGCAGAAGGGCUGCUUCAAGGUGUACGAGCAGGGCCGGCUGAACUGCAAGACGCCACCGUCGCCUGACCAGGUGGUGGAGUGCUGCCAGGGGCAUCUGUGCAACCUCAACGUCACCGUCAAGCUGCCCGUCCGAGCGAGGUCUGCGGGGGACGGCGUGAAUCACUCGGUGAGCAUGCUGGCUGUGGUGACAGUGGGCCCGGUCGUGGUCCUCCUCGUCCUGUCCGCACUCGCCGUGCUGCUGUUCCAGCGGAUCCAGCGCGGCCACAUGGAGCGGCUGACAGCGCGCGACGCCGAGUACGGCAUCAUCGACGGACUCAUCGCCUCCAACGUCGGCGAGAGCACGCUUGCGGACUUGCUGGAUCACUCUUGUACUUCAGGAAGCGGCUCUGGGUUGCCCUUCCUGGUGCAGAGGACUGUUGCACGACAGAUCACGCUCAACGAGUGUGUGGGGAAGGGGCGCUAUGGAGAGGUCUGGAGGGGACAGUGGCAAGGAGAGAGCGUGGCCGUGAAGAUCUUCUCCUCCAGGGAUGAGAAGUCCUGGUUCCGGGAGACGGAGAUCUACAACACAGUGCUACUGAGGCACGAGAACAUCCUGGGCUUCAUCGCGUCGGACAUGACGUCCCGCAACUCCAGCACGCAGCUCUGGCUGAUCACUCACUUCCACGAGCCGGGCUCGCUGUACGACCACCUGCAGCUCAGCACGCUGGACGCCACCGGCUGCCUGCGGAUGGCGCUGUCUAUCGCCAGCGGCCUGGCGCACCUGCACGUGGAGAUCUUCGGCACGCAGGGCAAGCCAGCCAUCGCCCACCGCGACCUGAAGAGCAAGAACAUCCUGGUCAAGAGGAAUGGACAGUGCUGCAUUGCUGACCUGGGGUUGGCCGUGAUGCACUUUCAGGACACCAACGAGCUGGAUGUAGGGAACAACCCCAAGGUGGGCACCAAGCGCUACAUGGCCCCUGAAGUCCUGGACGACUCCAUCCAGACGGACUGCUUUGAGUCGUACAAGCGGGUGGACAUCUGGGCUUUCGGUCUGGUCCUGUGGGAGGUCGCCAGGCGGACGGUUAGCAACGGCAUCGUGGAGGACUACAAACCCCCCUUUCACGACAUGGUACCCAAUGAUCCAAGCUUUGAGGAUAUGAAGAAGGUGGUCUGUGUGGACCAGCAGAGACCCAACAUCCCCAAUAGAUGGUUCUCAGACCCGACUUUGUCGUCCAUCGCAAAGCUAAUGAAGGAAUGCUGGUACCAAAAUCCCUCGGCCAGACUGACUGCGUUACGCAUCAAAAAGACCUUGACGAAAAUCCACAACUCUCUCGAGAAAAUUAAAGCGGACUGCUGAGCAGCCUCUAAGAGGAGGAGUCGACGUGCUUUAGAACCAGCAGAGUUUAUUUUUUGCCUGGCAGUGGAGGAAGGCGGGUGCCCUCAUAGUGGUACCUUAUUUAUUUUGAACGUCUGUUGGGACAUAUUUUUCUUUUUUACAUCCAAAGAUAGCGCAGCGGGCAUUGAAAGACUGUAUAGUCAGGUAUCCGAGGUGUGACCGUCCUCUAAGUUUGUGGGAGUUUUAGUAAAAUGUUCUUCAAGGAAGAAACGACUGACUGGGAACUGGAAAAUCAUAAAUUUUGAUUUAUUUAUUUUUCGUUUUGUUUUUUUCUCCCGCGCGGGGGGACGUAUUUCAUAAAACAUUAUAUUGCACUAGCAAACUUUAAAUUCCUUGCUUGCACUGUGGAAGCAGAAGAGGAAAAAUUGGGAGAUAAAAAAAAACUGAUUUAUUUUAUACUCCAAACGCCAAGUUAACUUUGCUCAGAAUAAUAAUUUAAAACUAGGGCUGUAUUAGAAACAUUUCUUACACUUGUGUUUACGGUGUUACGAAGCCUCUCCGUGUUUUUCAUUAAACCGGUAAUUUUAUUUAACCCACGUUGCGGUGUAACGGUCUCUCCAGUGUGGCAAUAUCUAACCCAUAGGGAUGUACACAUUUUCUGUAACCCGUUUCAAUCCUUCGUUGUAAUUUCAAUGUUUUUUUUUUCCUUUUCAUUUUUCUUAGGCCGUAAGUUUUUAUGGUAAAUAACAAAAACACACAUUUAGGACAUUAGACGAUGGUGAACUUGUGCAGAAGUCACCCCAUGACUUAGACAGCGUCGAUUAAAUUAGUACUUUAUAUAAAGUGGUGGUUUCUAAACUAUAAAAUGCAACUAUAAAAAUAA